AUGGAGACGAUACAGGGAGUGGCGGGGCAGAGGGCAACUUUGCCCUGUAAUAUACAACCCCGCGAGCCGAACGACGCCGUCUCUAUGGUGCUCUGGUUUAAAGAGGACAGCGGCGAACCACUCUACAGCUACGACGCGAGAAACCGGCAGUUCGGGAAAGCGAAGUUGUGGAGCGCACCCCAUUUCUGGGGAGACAGAGCGUCGUUCAGAGCGAGCCCGCCCGCCCAGUUGACGAUCCGAGAUCUACGGCAGACCGACGAGGGAGUAUACAGGUGUAGAGUCGAUUUUCGCAACUCGCCGACAAGAAAUUUCAAGGUCAACUUCACUGUCAUCGUGCCGCCGUCGAAGCCGAUAAUCUACGACGCCAAGAGGAGGGACAUGAGCAAACUGUUCGAGGCCUAUCCCGAAGGGGCCGACCUGUUCCUCGUCUGCGAGGUUCACGGAGGUAAACCCAGGCCCCGCGUCACGUGGUUCCUGGAGUCGCAUGUAAUGGACGCGCCGUCGGAGGUUCGGGAAACCCUGGGGCCAGGCGGCGAGAGCAACGUCGUGACCAUCAGCAACGUGACGCUGAAGGGCCUCACGAGGAGUCAUUACCACGCGAAAUUGUUCUGCAAGGCGAACAAUACUCAUUUAGCCCUGCCACUCACCACUGCCGUUGUCAUCGAGCUUCACAUGAAGCCGCUGAAAGUCGAAAUUAUGGGCAAGGACAAGAUCCUAUCGGCGGGCAGGAGGUACGAGACCAGAUGUCAGAGCACGGGAUCAAAGCCGCCGGCCGAUUUAACCUGGUGGAAAGCCUCGAAGCAGCUCAAGGGGACGAUCAAAAACUUUCAGGAGGAUGGGACCAGCGUGAGCAUGCUGCAGUGGACACCGUCGAUAGAAGACGAGGGAAAGUUCCUAGUGUGCCGAGCGACGAAUCCGAAAUUGCAGGAGGCCGGGAUAGAGGAACGGUGGAAGCUCAAAGAAGAAGAGCUCCAUUACAACGUCACCGCCGGCAUAGUGCUCUCGGACCACUCUCUGGUGCUUCAGAGUAUAACUCGGGAGUCCGCUGGAAGAUACACCUGCAUGGCCGCCAAUGUGGAGGGUCGUGCCAGUUCUAACGUAGUGAACCUCCAGGUUAUGUUCGCCCCUAUUUGCAAGCACGUUUUAAACUCCGCCGGUUGGAGACACCAGAACGCGACGCCGCCACCUUUGAACGUGCCCGAGGAGGUUCACGGAGCCUCGAAGCACGAGACCAUCAGCUUGGUCUGCGAGGUCGAGGCUAUUCCGACCACCAUCAGCUUCCAAUGGACCUUCAACAGCAGUGGGGACCUCACCGACAUUCCGUCCACAAAAUUCACUAACGAGGGCACUUCGAGCCGCCUGACCUACACCCCCUCGUCCGACAUGGACUACGGGACGUUAGGCUGUUGGGCCAGCAACGUCGUGGGUCUCUCGAAGCAGCCGUGUCUCUACCAAGUGAUCGCAACAGGCAAACCGUACCCGCUGCAAAACUGCACGGCCCAGAACCAGUCCGGUUCCUGGAUCAGGAUAUCGUGCGAGGAAGGGUACGACGGCGGUUUGCCGCAGAAGUUCGUCGCGAUGGUGGACAAGCUGCGCCUGGAGUCGGCGAAUCCCUAUUGGGAGCUGGAGCUUCACAAACCGACGACGAUCGCUCUUUACGCGGUCAACAUGAAGGGGUCCAGUGCUCCGGUGAUCAUGGAACGCGUGGCGUUGAAGGGUGUAGCCAAGUUUACCGGUGAAUCGGUGUCUUCGGUGGACAUGUCGCCGAUCCUGAUUGGUCUGGGUGGAACGGCGACCGGUUUGGGGCUAAUCGUGACCGGCGUGUUGAUGGCGCUGUGGAGAAAGCACGCAGCUACUCCGGCGAAACCGAAGCCGCCGCAACAACCCAGCAUCUCGACCUUCGCCGGCAAAGGCGAAGAGGAGGACGGGAAUCCCGAUCUCAUACCCACCACGGCCUUGACCAAUCAUCUAAUAGAUAGGAAGCUUUUACAUUACGGAUCCUUGCCGCGGAGGCCGCGACAGCUGGAAGGACGGGAGAUGUCCCACGAUGUCGUAGAAGAGUCGGAUUAUCCGCGGGCAUCGCCAAACACGUUUUACAGCCUCCAAAGACCGCACCGAUAUUCGGAGACGGUUAUCCGGAGCGCCGCGAUCCAGGAAAGUUGCAUCUAAGAGAGCGAGGCGCAUUCGGAGGAUCGAAACGGUCCCGACGAUCCUGACGGGGAGGAAGGGAGGGAUCAUCCUGGAGCGCUUCGCCGCGAGCCGACGGAGCUCCCCUUUGGCCUCCGUCGCGGAGUACACAAAAAUCAAAAAGACUAAAGCCAUGCUUACACCACAUUGUACACGUUUAAGCGUACGAAGACAUUAAUU